CCAGUGGAACCGCUGCCGGUCGGAAGGGGAGUUGCAGCAGUGCCGUGUGUCGAGUGCGUCCGUCCGUCCGACCGCCCGAGCGCGCGUGUGCGAGUGAUGUGUGCAGUGAGUUGGUGACAGUGCAGCAGGAUUACAGUGCAUCCAGUGUGUGAAUGGUGACCGAGGUGGCUUCUAAACUGCAUCCGGGCGCUCUGGAGGCUUUAGGGGCUGUUGCCGGAGCCGGGCGGGGAGCCAUGACCAUCCACGACCUUGCCGUGACCACCACCAAGCUGCUGUCCCCCAGCGUGAUGGGGGGACCACUGGGCCCUGCGGCCGACUCGACCGAGGCGCUGCACCACCACAUCAUGCACCAGUCCCUCCACCACCAGGCCAUGCUGCCCCGGUCCAGGUUCAUGAUCACGGACAUCCUGGCCAAUAACAACAACAACAGCGACAACAAUAACGGCCUCCUCAGCCGGUCGGCGAGGUCGCCGUGCUCGUCGCCGGCCUCCGUGUCGUCCGACGGGCCCCGGGACCUGUCCCUGCACGCCAGGGAUCCCCGGGACGACGUCCACGGUGACAUGGACGCGGACCUCAGCGACGACCACGAAGAGUCGGGCACCGACAGCGGCCUGCCCGGCGAGACGUCCUCCGUGUGCUCCAACGGCCACAAAGAUGACGACGGCAAGGGCGGCUCCCACAGCGCCAACUCGUCCUCGUCGGGUGCCUGCGGCUCGUCCAAGAAGCAGCGAAAGGCGAGGACCGCCUUCACUGACCACCAGCUGCAAACGCUCGAGAAAAGCUUCGAGCGGCAGAAGUACCUGAGCGUGCAGGACCGCAUGGAGCUGGCGGCCAAGCUGUCGCUGACCGACACCCAGGUCAAGACCUGGUACCAGAACCGCAGGACCAAAUGGAAGCGGCAGACCGCCGUGGGCCUGGAGCUGCUGGCCGAGGCCGGCAACUACGUGGCGCUGCAGAACCUGUACCCGGGCUACCCCAACUGGCCCAACCUGCCCAACUACCCUGGGCCGUCGCCCGCGGGGCUGCCACUGCCCAGGUCGGCGCCGUCGGCCGCGGAGAUCUUCUACCGGCAGCAGGCAGCCGUGUCGGCGGCCGUGAGCACGCUGCAGAAGCCCCUGGCCUACCGGCUGUACCCGCCCGGCAUGGGGCUGCUCCCGGGGCCGUCGGCCGCCCUCCCCAACCUGCCCGCCGGCCUGCCGCCGCCGCAGGGCCACGCCCUCGCCGCCUCCACCUCGCUCGCGUCGCUCUCGAGCUACUACAACUCGAGCCAGCCGCCGCCCGCCCACUUUGGCGGCCCGCCCCCAACGCGGACGCCCUCCCCCGAACAGCACCCCCACUCGUCGCCCCACUCGUCGCCGCGGACGCCCGAGUCGCGGCACGGCUCGGUCGACGUGGAGGAGGACUCGAACGACUCGAGAGUGGGUGACCUAUAACGGCGUCAGCCGCCACGCCGCGCCACGCCCUCGGCGCCCCGCGCCACGUCAUUGGUUACCGUUCUAACCCCCCGCCGUGCCGUGCUAAAAGGGACACGGCGCCUUCUAAUUUAAAGCUUUAUUGUGAUUGAAGACUGUUGUUGAUGUUGUUGUUGUCGGGCGCCCCGCCGCCCUAUGGCCCUACCCGGCCCGCCCCCCUUGGGGGGGAGUUAGCUUUGUGAUAUGUUCAUGUAUUCAGCAAAACAGGCAUUAUUAACAGCGACGUCCAGUGUAAUGUAGAGUCGUCUAAAUGCACACUUCUGUUAAAGUUAUUUUAAGCAUGUUGUUUUCGUGUUCCGGUGGGAAACGUCACACCGUGAUAUCUUAGAAUGUGUUGUUUCUACUCCCAAAAAAAUGUAAGACGUGCUGAUAGCUGUAAUCUUAAUUUUGUCGGACGUGGCUCGCUAUUUGUCCUGUUAAUCUAUAUUUUUCUCCCAUAUGUUUCUUUUAAACUGCGUAAUUUAGGACUAUCACUCUAGACAGAAAUUGAUGUUUAAUUUUUUCAGGUAAAUCAUAGCAAAUUUUAUACUAUUUUAAAUUUUUUGCUCCUUACGCUGCAAUUUGCUUAAAGAUGUUAUUCGGUUCGUGAGACAAACAUUGUUACCGGUUCGUUAAAUUAUGUACAUUGAUUCGCUUGGACUAAAUUUGUCUGAAAACCCAAAGCUUUAUCGUUAGUUCAAUGCGGCCUACCAACUUUGUUCCUUGUCGUUGUUGUUAAUGCUGAUGCUGCAAUGCAUUAUUUUAUUUGUACAUUCCUAGUUCUAUUAAAAGUUAAGCUAGAUCCUCAGUUCACAUAUUUCUUUUAUUGUAAAAUCAGAUCAGAUACAAAUACAGUAUUAUUUUAAUUUAUAAACAUAUUUUAGAGACGCUGAGCCUAGUUACGUUACUCAGGAACAAAAGUCUCUGGCCAUGUUAAUUUUUGUUUGUUAUGAAUAUAAUUUUUUUGUAAAUAUGUGAUCAGAUGUUCUUUAUAUAGUAUGUUUACGUGUAAUAUGAUUGUAAAAUAUAGCUAAAUAAUUCAGAGGUGCUAUGCGUCGUGCUGUCCGAGACAGCUCGAUAUCCCUAUGUAUUCGCUAGGGUUUCGCGCUGUCUGACAUCAGUACGCCUAGAGCUGACGUCAUUUCCUUUGCUUUGUAUAACUAUAUAUUUGAGUUGACAGUAUGGGAAUAAACCUGAAUGAAGUGCAAUCUA